AUGGAAAAGUACGAGAAGCUGGAGAAGGUCGGCGAGGGUACUUACGGCAAGGUCUACAAGGCGAUGGAGAAGGCGACGGGUCAGGUGGUGGCGCUGAAGAAGACGCGGCUGGAGAUGGACGAGGAGGGCGUGCCCCCAACGGCUCUGCGUGAGGUCUCCCUUCUCCAGAUGCUCUCUCAGUCUCUCUACGUCGUCCGCCUCCUUUGUGUCGAACACGUCGACGGCAAGGACGGCAAGCCCCUCCUCUACCUUGUCUUCGAGUACCUCGACACCGAUCUCAAGAAGUUCAUUGACUCCCACCGCAAGGGUCCAAACCCUAGGCCGCUCCCCCCGCAGUUGCUCCAGAGCUUCCUCUACCAGCUCUGCAAGGGCGUCGCCCACUGCCACAGCCAUGGAGUCCUCCACCGCGAUCUCAAGCCCCAAAAUCUGCUCCUCGACAAGGACAAGGGUAUACUCAAAAUCGCAGAUCUUGGCCUCGGAAGGGCUUUUACUGUACCCCUCAAGAGCUACACGCAUGAGAUUGUGACUCUAUGGUACAGAGCGCCUGAGGUCCUUCUUGGAUCCACUCAUUACUCUACGGCUGUUGAUAUGUGGUCUGUUGGCUGUAUUUUUGCUGAGAUGGCUAGACGGCAAGCUUUGUUUCCCGGAGAUUCUGAGUUUCAGCAACUGCUCCAUAUUUUUAGGUUGCUAGGAACCCCAACCGAGAAGGAGUGGCCAGGUGUUAGCUCGUUGAGGGAUUGGCAUGUGUAUCCCCAGUGGGAACCUCAGAACUUGACCCGUGCAGUUCCAUCAUUGGGACCAGAUGGCGUUGACCUUUUAUCGAAGAUGCUGAAAUAUGAUCCGGCUGACCGGAUUUCGGCGAAAGCUGCUCUGGACCAUCCAUAUUUUAACAGCUUGGACAAAUCUCACCAGACCCUUGUCGUCCUCUCCCUCCUAUGUGCCCUUUUCGCUGCCGCCUCAACUGUAGACGCCAUCGUCCUUACUCCUUCGUGCCUUAACCGCCCUAGAAACGAGGAUGUCGAACUCGAAAGUAUGGAUUUUGAGUCGACUGAAACAAGUCACGAGCCAGAUACGCGCGUGCCCGACCGGUCAACAUCGUACUAG